UGACGCGAUGGCCCUUGAAGCCCCCGCCCCGCCCACGGCUUCCGCUCUCUGCAGACUAACGAGUGGCAUCCCAGUUCCGGGGCAGUGGAACGAGGCCCCGUUACCAGGCAACCGCUGACCCUGAGGCCUGCCGGAGGGUUUUCAGUUGAGCUAGUCCAGCUCUGCGCUCAACUGUCACCCAACUCCGCGCCCCGCCCCCGUUGCUAUAGCAACUGUACACAACGCCUCCUUGCUCACCUUUCAAAACAGACUCCUUUCCCAGAAUCGCUGCGUCCCUUUACGAUUUUAUUUUAUUUUAUUUUAUUUUAUUUUAUUUUAUUUUAUUUUAUUUUACUUUACUUUACUUUACUUUACUUUAUUUUAUUUUAUAAAGAGAGAAAAAAGAGGGAGAGAGAAAGAGUGAUGUCUACAGCAUCGCUUCACCUCUUGUGAAGCUUCUCUCCUGCAGGAGGAGGGCUGAGCUUGAUCUGAUUCCAGAACCUUCCAUGGGGAAAAAUGACAGAUGAAGAGGAUCUGGAAGACUAUGAUCUGGACCAGGACCAGGACCAGGACCAAGACCAGGACCAGGAUGACCUUGACAAAGAAGAUGAUGAUCAGGAGACAGAAGAGUGGGAUGAGUUAGGGAAAGAGGAAGAAGUCUCUGAGGAAUGGGUGCCAACGCCCCUCACAGAGGACAUGAUGAAGGAAGGCCUCUCCUUGCUCUGUAAGACAGGCACUGGGCUGGCACAUGCUUACGUCAAGUUGGAGGUGAAAGACAGGGAGCUGACAGAUAUCACUUUGCUUCGAUCCUACAUCCAUCUGCGCUAUGUGGACAUCUCUGAGAACCACCUGACAGACCUGACCCCACUCAACUACCUCACCCACCUGCUCUGGCUCAAGGCUGACAACAACCAGCUGCGGAGUGCCCGAAUGAAUGUGCUUCCCUACCUGCAGAUUGCCAGCUUUGCCUACAACCAGAUCGGUGAUACGGAAGGCAUUUUGCACCCCCGGCUGAGCAGUCUGGAUCUCAAAGGGAACCGGAUUCAGAUGGUGACAGGUCUGGACCCCAUGAAGUUGCGCAGUCUGCACACACUGGAGCUUCGGGGGAAUCACCUGACUAGCACUCUGGGACUCGAGCUCCCGACACUGAAGAAUCUUUUCUUGGCCCAGAACAUGCUGAAGAAGGUGGAGGGCUUGGAGAACCUAGCCAACCUCAACACCCUGCAUCUUCGAGACAACCAGAUUGAAACACUGAGUGGCUUCUCCAAGGAAAUGAAGUCCCUGCAGUACCUCAACCUGCGGAGCAACAUGGUGGCUGACCUGGCGGAGCUCUCCAAGCUCCGGGACCUGCCUAAGCUUCGAGCCUUGGUGCUGCUGGACAACCCGUGUGCAGAUGAAAAUGACUACCGCCAAGAGGCUCUGGUGCAGAUAGCACAACUCGAACGCCUAGAUAAGGACUUCUAUGAGGAGGAUGAGCGGGCUGAGGCCGAGGAGGCCCGUCAGAGGAUCAAGGAGGAACAGGAGCAGGAAGCUGAACCUGACCAUGAGGUGGAACUGGACCAGGCCCCGCUCUAGCACUUCUGGCCCCCAGAAGACAGAGACCCAAGGCCCAGUUUAGGGCGGCACCACCUGCACACACCCGACCUGGAGACAUAGGACACCCAGGACCUGGGGAUUCAUCCCAAUCUGAGUUAAGAGUAUGGGGGCGGGGGUACCUUGGGCACCGUGGGAGCUGGCCCUGGAACCCCGGGCCAGCCUGGACUGACCGAGUUGGCUGCGGGGGAGGGCGGGUGUUGGGAACAGCCUGGUUCUGGAAUAAAGAGACAUUUGGAUACUGUUGCGUCUCCCUGCCCAGGGGAGCCUGCCUUGGGUUGCUCUCUUGCGCGCUGGGAGGCCCAGGAGUGAGUGACAG